CGCACACGCACGGACCGCGGGUUUCGUCACGACACGACUCCCGCUUUUUUUUCUUCCCUCCCUCGACGACGACGACGAUGUUCCGACCAUCAUUUCGCCCAUCCGUUCUCAAACGCUCCAUUCGUUUCAACUCUUCCUCUUCAAAACGUCCCAUCGAAGGAGCCCAAAAGAAAGCUCAGGAAGCUCUUGCUAGCACACAACAAGCCGCAGGAAAAGCGUUCAAUACUGCCAAGCAGGCGCUGGGUCCUGUUGGAGAGAGGCUUGGGGGAUUACUUGGAUCCUACAAACAACCUGUGUUCUACAAUCUCGCCGUAGCCCGCGAACUCGUCAAACACGUCUACCGCGCUGAAAGCCUCUCUCCUCCAACUUCCAUAGAUACCGUUCGCUCAGCAUACCAAACUCUUUGGUCCCGUGCUAGUAGUCGAGAAUAUUGGGUGAAUGCUAUUCGGUCUGGGGAGAUUGCUAGGAUUGGAGUGUAUGCUGUUGAAGCGUAUGGGCUGUACAAGAUUGGAGAAAUUAUAGGAAGGAGAAGUCUUGUCGGUUACAACCUGCAUUAGAAGAUACUUUUCUCUUAAUUCAACCGUUUUUCCCUCUAUCGGCGCUUUUAUCGGUACCUCUUCUGUUCGUCAGCCAGUGCCACUGUAUGCGUUGACCGUAUACCUCAUUAAUGUCACGUGACGUUCUACUUUGGUAAAGCCGUCGAACGAUUUGUGAACGAUGGGGAUGCGGCGAGCGCCGAGGCUCAUUGCAAGGAAGUACUAAGGCCCCGUGCGCAAAAUUUUCG